UACCCGCGUGUUUUCAAAUGACUGUUAUUGUUAUUUUCUCUCAUCCGAAAGUUCUAACAAAAAGGAUUUACUCAAAAAGCAAAAAAAAACGGAUAACCCCUUUCCCAAGAAAUCUGCUGAAAAUGCGGGAGAAUAGGAAAGAAACUGGUUUCUUCUUCUUCUUGCCUUGGUGGUAUGAAACAGAAACCUCAGAGAAAUAAUGAAUGGCUUCUCUACUUCCUCAAAGCUCUCUGCAGAAACCAAACAGGUCGAGGAUCUUCUCUAGCAUAGAUGUGUAAUUAAAAACAUCAAAAGAUUACUAAUGGCUGAAGAGACCGUACAUCUGCCUGAUUCACCAUAUGUAAACAGAUCAUGGAGAAGGAUUUCUACUAGAAAACUGAGUUUCUUAUACACUGAAGAGAAGAUUCUCCCUAACUAUCUCAAAUCUACUGGUUCUUGUCAUGACGUCUGCAAGUACGGAACAAAACAACAUGAGCCUAAAGACAAGCCUAGUAAAGUUUCACCUCUCAAAAGGGUUAACAGAAGCUUCUCUGGAAUUCUAAGCUUUGAUAAUUCACCUUUAAAGAAGAAGAAGAAGGCAUUGACCAAAUCGGUGUUGAAUCCUUCUCUUGGCUCUGGUAAGACAAAGAAGACGGUUUCAGACACUUUCAAAAAGGUUGUUGUGUCAAGGAGAAGAGAGUUAGAGAGGGUUGAAUAUAACAAGCGUGUCACUGCUUUGAAGCUGAUGUCUGUUGCACAAACAGCAGCCAUGGCUCUUCGUCGCAGUACUGUUAAUAGAAAUAAGACUAAUGGUGGAUCUACUAUGUCUUCAAAACGGUGCUCCAAGAGGAUGAAGACAAAGAAGGAGUGCAAUGUUCCUAUAGUGGAUGAGACGUGUAAAGACUUGGUUGAUGAGGAGAAAACUCUCUAUGUUAUCAAGAUGGGAACAGGGAAUGAGACUGUUGAAUCUGAAGUUCAGAACCAAAGGUGUGUCGUGGAUACGCCUACUGAUGAUCUAAAGAGCCAAGGAGACGAUGAGUGUAUUUUGACUGAAGCUGAUGAUGAAUCUUCUCAAGAAGAGGAAGAACAAGAGGAAGAUGAGAACACACCAAGGCAAGGAAAAAGCAAAUCCCUCUCUGUAAAUAGCAAGUCAAUGAAGCUGAGAUUCAAAAGAGGAAAGUAUAGUGAUGUUGGAUCACAAGACAACACUCCAAGAAAACUCAAGUUCAAGAGAGGAAAAAUCGUUACCAGAGCUGACACAACUACACAAUCCGGUGGUCGGAGAAGCUUAAAGACCAAAGGAACCAACAUUAGCAACGACAAGGAACAAGAACAUAAAGCUAGAUCGUUCAAAGUUGUCCUAAAACACCAAGAGACACAGAAGAAGGGAGACUCAAGAGUGUUGUUGUUCAACAAGGUGAUCAAGAAAACAGCUAAUAAGCUUGUGGAGACUCGCAAGAGUAAAGUUAAAGCUUUAGUUGGUGCUUUUGAGUCUGUCAUAUCUCUCCAAGAAAAAGAAAAACUCUUAUCCAACAGCAUAACACUCAAAAGUGAUUAUUCUCAGACCAUUCACUAACUACUAUAUAAUCUGUUUUUCUUUAUGUAUGUAUGUAAACAUUGGUAAAUAUGUAUAAGGGUGUUCCCUUUCAUCCGUCUGAGGUUUGUCCGUAUUGUAAAGCUAGAGUGUGGAGUAUGCUCCAAGCUAAGAUUAUACCUCAGAGUGCUUGCGUUCGUUUGGAAGCUUAUGAAGAUUGUAUUGAGUA